UCGCGAAUGCGCAUGUAUUCUCGAAAGGGGGAAAGGGUUGCCUUUGAAAUCAUGGCCGCGAUUUUAAAAUAAGUCACAGAAUGUCAGACGUACGCGUCUGAUAGACGGAAAAUAUAACAAGUGUGACAAGGUCAAUUUGACUUGGAUUUCAAACGCUUCGCUAGGAAAAGAGAAACAGAGAAUUAAUUUAAUAGCAAGUAACGCAUUAUGCGAUAAAGAAGUAUUUUCUGUGUUUUAUAAACGAAAUGUUUUAAUAAUAAUCGAAGGUUAUUAUUGUCGUUGGUUUUCUUCUUACAAAAAGAAAACUUCGUUUACCUUCGUCGUGAAGAAACGAUGGAAAAGGAAAAUUGAUAACUCGUUAUUCAUCCUUGAAAUGAGCACGUCUCGAGGACGCCAUAUUGAUUUUACCACCAACAUUUUCUUCCUGUGUGAACUUGGCCGUGGCCGUACGCCCGCUGACAAAAAUGGCCGAUUACGUUCGUGGUAGUGUCAUUUUGUAAGCUGUUGUAGGCAGUCGCUGCAUACGUUGCGUGGAUUCGAGUACGUUUCUGAGAAGACGUAUACAAGAGGAGGAUUUAGGCGAAGACAUCAGUUUCACAGGGUGCUAAGCUUUUCGGCUGCGCGCGAGUGUGCGCUUGCGUGCGGCGUGCGUGCGUGCGUGCGUGGGUGGGUGUUCUGCGUGUAACGCGCGCGCGCGUAUUUUCCCCCGUGUGUGUGUGUGCGCGGCCCUCUGCGUGUACGUGUGCGCGCCUAUGCGAGGAUUAAACGAUCGUAUCGAGGAGCGUCCAAACAAACUCUGUCCAUACCUGUACUCUGUCUAUAUCUGUAACAUCAACGAAAUAAAUAAUGGCGAAUCUAAGACAGACACCGCUAACGUGCAGCGGACAUACGAGGCCCGUCGUACAUCUUGCCUUCUCCGAUGUUACGGAAUCCGGAUAUUAUCUCAUUUCAGCGUGCAAAGAUGGUAAGCCAAUGUUACGGCAGGGUGACACAGGAGAUUGGAUUGGCACGUUCGAAGGCCACAAAGGAGCAGUGUGGGGUGUUGCCUUGAAUCCACAGGCCACAAGAGCGGCAACUGGUGCCGCAGACUUUAAUGCAAAAGUUUGGGAUGCCAUUAAAGGGGAAGAGGUUUAUUCUUUUCAACACAAUCACAUAGUUAAAUCGGUUAAUUUUAGUUCAGAUUCAAAUUAUUUAUGUACCGGCUCCAAUGAGAAGCUGGUGCGUAUCUAUGAUCUCAAUCAGCCCGAAGUGGCACCACAGAUUUUCUCAGGUCAUACAAGUGGAAUUAGGCACGUUACUUUCUUCAAGGACAAUACUGCAUUAGUUUCUUGCGCCGAUGAUAAAACAUUAAGAGUUUGGGAUAGGAACAGUGGUCAAGAAACAAAAAGGCUAGAUUUUCCUGCUAUCCCAAAUUCUAUGGAAGUAUCUAAGGAUGGCAAUAUUAUCACAACGACUCAUUCCAAUAUUGUUACUUUCUGGGACAGUAAAGAAUUAACUAAAAUACGUGACUUCACAGUGCCAACCCAAGCAAACAGUGCCAGCUUGCAUCCUGACUGCAGCAUUUUUGUAUGUGGUGGUGAAGAUUUAAAAAUGUAUAAAUUCGAUUAUAGUACAGGUGCAGAAAUAGAAUCAUUCAAAGGACACUUUGGAUCAGUACACUGUGUAAGAUUUUCGCCGGACGGAGAACUUUAUGCUAGUGGCUCGGAAGAUGGAACUUUGAGAUUGUGGCAAACAACUGUCGGCAAAACUUAUGGAUUGUGGCGUUGCGUUGAGCAAGCACCGACUAUUCAAGAAAGUGCUACUGUUAUUAAUAACAAACAAGAAGUUCCUGCCAGCUAAAUGCAUUUUUCUAUUAUUUACAAUUUACAAUGACGAAUUCGCGAAACGAGAAUGAAGGCAAAAUGUUAAGGAAAAAACAAGAAGAAAAAAAAGAAUCUCUUAUCCAGCAAAAUGUAUCGAAAAUUUUUUUCAUCUCCAAUUUACCAUCAAAAUAUAUUUUGUAAAUAAUGCAUUUUUUGAGAGUUUCCAUACCUCAACGAGUGGUUUUCUGAAGUUACAAAAAAGACUAAAUGAAAAGAACCAAAUUUUUAUAGUCUAGCAAUUAUCUACGUAGACGCGGGACAUUCAUUGCUAUUUAUAUUAGAACAGAAAAUCGAAGAAAAGAGAGAGAGAGAGAAAAAAGAGAGAGAGAGAGAGAGAGAGAGAGAGAGAGAGAGAGAGAGAGAGAGAGAGAGAGAGAGAGAGAGAGAAGGAAACAUUUACUAACGUUGUACACAUGUCAUUAUUAUAAUAUCACAAAAUUAGAUAGAGGUGUAAUACGGAAAACAAAAGACGAUUAAAUAAUUCAA